CGAAAAAAUGAAGCGGUACAGGGAACGAAUAAAAAGUGAUCCCCAAAAAUAUGAAGAGUAUCGUAAGAAAAAUAUAGAACGACUUAAACAAAAGCGCAAGAAGAUUUCGGAGUUAAAUGAAACAGAAAAGAAAAUUCGGAGAGAUCAGUGGGUAAAAGAAAAAAGGAAACAACGGUCUAAAAAACAAAAACCUGCUUUACCAGAAAAAGAAGAAUCUAAUGAAUUACAAGAAAAAAUUAACAACGCGCAAACUGCAAAAUUAAAAUAUUUCAAAGCAACGUGUUUUAAACUGACUAUAGAAUCUAACAAAAAGAAUGAAAGAAUAAAAAGACUGAUAACUAUGAAUGAAAAACUGAAGAAAAGAAACUAUCGAUUAAAGACAAAUGCCGAAAAACAGAUUAAAAAGAGAGAAAGUAUAAUUGAAAAAAUGACAGCUCGAGAACAGGUCUUAGAAGAUACUAUGAAAAAAACUUAUAAAGCAUGUGAACAACGCUCCCAACAAAUUAUUUUGAAACAAUUGAUUACAAAUUCUACAGUAAAAUCAUACGUAGCUAAAUUAAUAGGCUUAAAAGGAAGGAUCAAGAACCCAAAGCCUAAGAAAGAAGCUAAUCCUGUACGUGAAGAAAUUGUUAAAUUUUACUUAAGGGACGAUGUGGGCCGCUGUACGGCUGGAAAAAGAGAGUGUCGAACUUUGGACAAAGAAAAGCAGCAGAUAAGAUAUUUAUUGAACACCUUACAGAACCUUUACGAAAAAUAUAAAAAAGAAGGUGGCAAUUAUAAAUUUACAACUUUUUAUAGAUACAAACCUUUUUAUGUAUUGGCACCUCACCUGGGAUCGAGAAAUACAUGCGUAUGUGUAAAACACAACAACAUUGAACUGAAAUUUGCAUGUUUAAAAAAAGAAUGUGUAUUUGAAAAAAACAAUUUAAAGGAAAUAAUUGCAUCGCAAACAUGUGAAAUGAGAUGCUUCGAGUGCAUACAUAGCAAAUGUACGAGAUGCAAGGAAAUUAAUAUUUCACAUGGCACCACAAGUGAGCAAUUAAAUAAAAUGGUCACUUGGCUGCAAUGGGAGAUGGUUGUACAUACUUACUCCAAAAAAGAAGGAUCGCAAACUAUACAAAAAACAACGAAAAAACAGUUAAAGCAGAGAAAAAAGGAACCAUUAACCAGUUACUACAAGAAUUUCAAAGAGACAUUAAACCUUUUAAAAAACACUAUUUUAAUAACGUUCAUCAACAAGAAAAAUACCAGUUUAUAAUCAACAAUCUGAAAGAGAACGAAGCGGUUGUAAUAUGCGACUUUUCGGAGAAUUAUGAAACAAAACUUGGCGAAGAAGUACAAGGCAUGCAUUAUGGUGCCUCUAAAGGCCAAGUCACACUGCACACUGGAAUGGUGUAUCUUCAAGGGAUGUCACAAUCAUUUUGUACGGUGUCUCAAAAUAACAUGCACCAGCCGCCCGCUAUUUGGGCACAUUUACUGCCUGUACUGAAGAUGCUAAAAAAUGAUUUUCAUGUAAAGACUAUACAUUUCUAUUCUGAUGGGCCGACGUCUCAAUAUAGGCAAAAUAAUAAUUUUUAUUUGAUUGAUCUGUUCACUCAAAAGCUGGAACUUGAUUAUGUGACAUGGUCAUUUUUCGAAAGUGGCCAUGGCAAGGGCGUUGCUGAUGGUAUAGGCGGCACUGUGAAAAGACUUGGAUCGACAUGUCUGCUUUGGAAAAGAUAUCAAACAAGCUUCCGAUGCUUACCAUAUUUAAAAAAAAAGUAUGAAGACUGUCAAGAUCUGGUUUAUUGAGGAUAAAGCCAUAAAUGACAUUGUUUUGAUGCUACCAAAUAUUAUAAUGACAUUGGUGGGAACCAUGCAAAUUCAUCAGGUGAUCACAAAGGGAAACGGUAUGUUGUCCUACAGGGAUAUUGGUUGUUUCUGUGGAGAACUCAAAGGUUUAUGCAGUUGCUUUGCCUUGAAAACUCACUGUGUUAGAUCAAAUACCGCUCCUGCGAAACCAUCAACCUCUAACUUGCAUAAUGACAGAGUAUCUACGCCGGAAAUUGUAUCAAAAAACCUGGAUUCUCCUAAAAAUGAAGUUGCUUCCCCCGAAAUCGUACCAAUGAACCUGAAUUAACCCAUACACGAAGUUGAUAACCUGGAUAUUACACCAACCUCUAACAUGCCUAAUGAUAAAAUAUCUGCACCGGAAAUUGUCUCAAAAAACCUGGAUUAUCCUAAGGAUGAAGUUACUUCCCCCGAAAUCGUACCAGCGAACCUGAAAUUGCCCAUAAAAGAAGUUGAUGACAUGGAUAUUACAUCAGAAAACCUAAAUUUCCCCAUGGAUGAGCAAGAUAGCCUGGAAAUAAAAUCAGAAACUUUUAAUUUGCCUAUGGAUAUUGAAUUUGAUUUGAAAGAUAUUGAUUUCUUGCCUAUACAUAUUUUGCCCGAUGCAGAGUCUAAUUCUCGAGGACCAGGUUUAUAUGAAUACAAUAACAAUCUGAAAAGUAUCUACAACAAAAAAGAGUUUAGAUAUUUUACCAGAUAAUACCUGUAAAUCACUUUGUUCAGGACCUAGUUCUACUAAACUCGAUAUAUUAGAUGCCAAAAAGGAGAACAAACGUCUAACAAAGAAAAUUACAAAAAGUAAUGCAACUUUAUUAAAAAAGCAUGACAUUAAAUUUCUUAUUUGUUAUGGUUGUCAUUGCUCAAUUCUUGGCAUGAAAACAAAAUGUAUGGCCUGCAAAUUAUUUUACUGCGAAGACUGUGUUGGUGGGCUAACAACAAAUGAUUAUUUAUGUGAUAAAUGCUUGGGAGACAGCGAUGAAGAUUGAAUUUGACGUGCGUGUUUACACCAAAUUUAUUCUUUUGGAUUACAUUAGAAUAGAGACAGGUAUUAAGAUUUAAUGGGUCAGUGAUCAGGAUUCUGUUUCUUCAAGAGUUGAUUGUCGUUUGCAGUUAACAAAAUGGUAAUUGUUGUGGACAUCGACAAAGUUCUAACAAAGGAGGAUCUACUGCAGUAUUAUAUCUAUGGAAUGAAGUGGCCAUGGGACGAAACUCAUUUUAUUAUUACCGAUAAGUGUCGCAACUGUGAUAAUUUUGUUAUACAAGGCUGCAGACCAUACCAUUUUUGCUUACCAAUGAUUAAGAAAGAUAUUUUAGUUACUGAUAAAAAAUGGAAAUUUUUGGUGCUAUAAUUGUGAUUUUACUAUAUACGAUCAUUAUGAAAGAGAUGAAUGUGAAUAUUGUAUGAGUGAUGUGUGAGAGCAAAAUAAGAAAAAAAGAGCAAAUACAUAAUUUUAUUCUCAUCUUGUGCCAUGAUAAAGUAACAAUUUCGUUGAAACUGCUUCGUUGUUGUAUUUUUUUUUUUAUUAAUUAGAGUUUUUAUUAAGACUUAAGAUUGGAUAAGACUGUUAUUUUAGUUAUCGUCAAGAAGACUGUUUUUUUUUUAAUAAAAACGUUUUAUUGUGCUAUUUCACUUAGUUCUUGUAGUAUUAUUUUGAUUAAAAAGAAUUUAUGUCAAGACUAAAGAUUGGAUAGGACUGUUAUUUAAGUACUUAUCUUCAAGAAGACUAUUAUUUUUAAGUACAAAAAAUUUGUUGUGUUAUUUCAACGUACCUUGUUAAACUUAAGUAUUACUUUUUAUACUAAGAUUUAAUCUUCUAAUUUGGAUAUGUAAAGAAAGUCAUUACUGUUCUAAGUUUAAUUAGUUCCUAGUUUUGUUGAAAAGCGUGAGUAGUUAUCUCUGUUAUCUAACUAACUCAAGUUUAAAAAAAAACAUUGAAAUGUUGAUUUUAGAUCUGAUGUAAACAUGUGCCUUAAGA